AGGAACCAUGGUAAACUUCAUAGUGUUCGUAUUCGUUGCAUUGCUAAUGCACUGGUACCAACCUAUCCAAUGUCAACCACGUCCUGAAUGUGCACCUGAAAAUCCUAACCGACCCUCAGACUGCCCAAUAUGUCCACCAGAGGGAUGCAGGUCCUCAACGAUGGAUACAGCUACACGUAUACCUAUGGAGAAUGUCACAUCUGCCUCAACAGACAAUGCACAAUUCCGGGGAUUGACAACAGAGGAAAUUUCAAAAUUUUCGGCAAGUUCUUCUUACGGAGCAUCAGUCAGAGUUCAUACUGAUUACCCCAGAGUAUUCUUCAUUACGGCGAGCGGUCUUCCUGACCAUGAGACACAGAGAGUCAACCCAAACACUCCCACAGCUCAGAACUACAACAUUACGAUUCUGAAAAAUCCCCAAAUUGUACCAGUGCCGGGAUGUGUUGGUCUGGGAAUGAUUGGGAUUACACGAACUGGUGUGGCCAUCUACAACCCUUUGGCAGGCGAGUUAACAAACGCUGUGGAGGGAUCAAAUCCCGAAACUUUUGAUGAAUGUGAUGGACAUGCAAGUCCAAAUGGCGCUUAUCAUUAUCAUAAAAUACCAGAAAGUUGUUUGUACAAAGGAGAAAUUGAUGAAUUCAUUGGAGUGGCUUUGGAUGGUUUUCCUAUCUAUGGACCAAGGGUUGGACUGUCAAAGAACAUUUCUGAAGCUGAAUUGGACAAGUGUCAUGGGAAAUUUGUCAAUGGAAGUUACAGAUAUUAUGUUACAGAGAAAUUUCCAUAUUAUCUCGGUUGUUUCAAAGGACUUGUUGUUAAUCAAGGAACUAUUACUUCUUACAACUGUACUACAGACACAUCACACUGGAAUAUGGAAAAAUAUGGUUACGAUUACUAUCUUUGUCACUGUGUGAACUCUGGUCCCGGUGGAGGAGGUGGAGGACGUCGCCCGGAAUGUGCCCCAGAUAAUCCAAAUAGACCUCUAGACUGCCCGGAAUGUCCUCCCGAGGGAUGCAGAUCAACAACAAUGGAAACGGCUACUCGUCCCCCAAUGGAGAAUGUCACCACUUCUAACUCAAAAGUGCAUGGACUGACGAGUGAAGAGAUCUCAAAAUUCACGGCGAGUUCAAAGUAUGGAGCAUCCGUCAGAGUUCACAUCGAUGACCCGAGAGUAUUUCACAUUUCGGCGAGCGGUCUUCCUGACCAUGAGACACAGAGAGUCAACCCAAACACUCCCACAGCUCAGAACUACAACAUUACGAUUUUAAAAAAUCCCCAAAUUGUACCAGUGCCGGGAUGUGUGGGUCUGGGAAUGAUUGGGAUUACACGAACUGGUGUGGCCAUCUACAACCCUUUGGCAGGGGAGUUAACAAACGCUGUGGAGGGAUCAAAUCCCGAAACUUUUGAUGAAUGUGAUGGACAUGCAAGUCCAAAUGGCGCUUAUCAUUAUCAUAAAAUACCAGACAGUUGUUUGUACAAAGGAGAAAUUGAUGAAUUCAUUGGAGUGGCUUUGGAUGGUUUUCCUAUCUAUGGACCAAGGGUUGGACUGUCAAAGAACAUUUCUGAAGCUGAAUUGGACAAGUGUCAUGGGAAAUUUGUCAAUGGAAGUUACAGAUAUUAUGUUACAGAGAAAUUUCCAUAUUAUCUCGGUUGUUUCAAAGGACUUGUUGUUAAUCAAGGAACUAUUACUUCUUACAACUGUACUACAGACACAUCACACUGGAAUAUGGAAAAAUAUGGUUACGAUUACUAUCUUUGUCACUGUGUGAACUCUGGUCCCGGUGGAGGAGGUGGAGGACGUCGCCCGGAAUGUGCCCCAGAUAAUCCAAAUAGACCUCUAGACUGCCCGGAAUGUCCUCCCGAGGGAUGCAGAUCAACAACAAUGGAAACGGCUACUCGUCCCCCAAUGGAGAAUGUCACCACCUCUAACUCAAAAGGUACUAAACAAUUACAUGGACUGACGAGGGAAGAAAUCUCAAAAUUCACGGCGAGUUCAAAGCAUGGAGCAUCCGUCAGAGUUCACACCGAUGACCCGAUCUUAUUUCACAUUUCGGCGAGCGGUCUUCCGGACCAUGAGACACAGAGAGUCAACCCAAACACUCCCACAGCUCAGAACUACAACAUUACGAUUUUAAAAAAUCCCCAAAUUGUACCAGUGCCGGGAUGUGUGGGUCUGGGAAUGAUUGGGAUUACACGAACUGGUGUGGCCAUCUACAACCCUUUGGCAGGCGAGUUAACAAACGCUGUGGAGGGAUCAAAUCCCGAAACUUUUGAUCAAUGUGAUGGACAUGCAAGUCCAAAUGGCGCUUAUCAUUAUCAUAAAAUACCAGAAAGUUGUUUGUAUAAAGGAGAAAUUGAUGAAUUCAUUGGAGUGGCUUUGGAUGGUUUUCCUAUCUAUGGACCAAGGGUUGGACUGUCAAAGAACAUUUCUGAAGCUGAAUUGGACAAGUGUCAUGGGAAAUUUGUCAAUGGAAGUUACAGAUAUUAUGUUACAGAGAAAUUUCCAUAUUAUCUCGGUUGUUUCAAAGGACUUGUUGUUAAUCAAGGAACUAUUACUUCUUACAAUUGUACUACAAACAUAUCACACUGGAACAUGGAAAACUACGGAUACGAAUACUAUCUCUGUCACUGUGUGAACUCGGGUCCCGGUGGUGGUGGAGGACAUCGGCCAGAAUGUGCCCCAGAUAAUCCAAACAGACCCUCAGACUGCCCACAAUGUUCCCCUGAGGGAUGCAGAUCUACAACAAUCGAUACAGCUACUCGAGCACCAAUCUCCACUACGAACAGGGUAGUCCUACCAAAUGUUGUUGAUGGAGACAAUGCAGCUGGUCCUAUAGUGGCCGAAAUUUUGCCUUUUUUGUCUCUGUUUUCUGUCAUUCUGUUGUCUCUUUAA